AUGGCGCUCCCAGAUGGGGCCCCACCCAGGAAAGACACCUCCUUGGGAAGAGAAGAGAUCCUGGUCCUAGUAGCUGCUUCGUGGGUCUGGGCCCGCCCCUCCUCAGCUUCCUAUAAGGGCUGGGGCCAGGGUACAGGUUCACACACCAUGAGGACCUUCCUGCUGACCUUCACGCUGCUCUGCACCCUGCUGGGUCUCGGAUGCCCACUGAGCUGCGAGGUAUGUAGGGGCUCCGGGCCCACGUGCAGCGGAAAGGUGAAGACCUGUGAAAAUGGCAAGGACGCAUGCGUGACCAUCGUGGGCGAGUCCAGCACAAAAGGCCACCACUCGGUGAACACUUACAAGGCCUGCAUGAAGUUCAAAGACUGCUACACUGGCUUCGUGUCCACCACAAUGGGUCCCAAGGACUACAUGGUUUCCAACACCCACUGCUGCCAGAGCGAUGGCUGCAACCAAGGCUCUGUGCCCCCUCCCCUGAACAAUCGCACGGAGAAUGGCCUGCAGUGCCCAGCCUGCAUCGCGCCUUUCCAGGAGACAUGUGCGGGGACCCAGGCAGCGCGCUGUGUCGGUCAGGAGAGCCACUGCGUCUACUUCGCUGGCAAUGUACAGGCUGGAAUCUUCAACACCCGAUUUGCCACGCGGGGCUGUGCCACAGAGAGUGCCUGCUUCACCAAACCUGGGUCCGAGGUGCCCUCAGCCUCCUAUCUCUACUUCCUCCGCCGAGCCGACUGCCUCCCAGCGCCCCGGCCUCCAGGCAGGGCUGAGUAA